AUGUUGACGCGAUCACUCCGAGGGGUAUUGCGAUACCAGCCUCACAGCGUGCUUGCGUGCCGUCACCGGUUAUAUCUGACGAAAGAUAAUGACCUCAACAAACUGCCGGCCGAGAAGGCGAACUUGAAUGAGUCUCUGGACUCGUCUAAGGUGAAAUAUAACCUCCCUCCCAAUUUGCCCAAAAUUGAAGAGCUCAGCGAUUCUCUCAACUACAAGGAGGAGCAGAGUAAGAUCUUCGAACGUAUCGAGCGCCAGUUUGUUGAUGACACCAAGCUCAACGUGUCUGACCGUAUUGCUAUGGACCCUCGGCUUAAACAGUUUAAACCCAACUCUCCCGAGUACAAGGACAUGAUGAACACUAUCCAUAACGAGAUCGUGCUGGGAGCUCACGAAAACCGCAAGUGGUGGGCUUUCUACGAACGGUUAAAGGGGGUUUUGGCCGGGGUAUUGGCGUUGGUGGCCAUUGUGUGCGGUCACCAACUCUGGAUCAGAUACCACGAACUCAAGAGCAAAUACUACACUAACCGGUUGUACAAAGUCGAUGAUAACAAUAUACCCAAUUUGAAUGACGAUGAGCGCAAUAAGAAGCUGACGAAGAACGUGGUGGCUCAGCUUGAGUCGCAAUUGCCCGCUAUCGAAGCUACCGUGCAAUCGAGCUCGGUACCCGGUCUCUACGUGUGUGGGGAAAUUGCUGGUCGUCUUCCGGCCAGAGUUCCGUUCUUUGAAGGUAAGAAAAUUCGCGAUGUUGGCGCUAAUGGCCAGUACUUAGUGGUGGUUGAUGCCAAGGGUAAAGUGUACCAACGGCCGAAUAAAACUGCCGAGUUCACCGAAGUUAAUGUUCCCAAGUUAUCGCUGGUGGCAGUCACUGAGGCGUUCGUGGUGGGGCUCACUACCAAGGGUCAAGUUGUCUACUAUCCUCGCUCCGACGUUGCGGCCAAUUUCAAAGGCGACUCCCACCGGUCGUGGACGUGGGCUGCGUCUACUAAGGACUACGCUACACUCCCCACUUCUCAAUCUAUUGUCCAACUUGGAGUGGGCGCUGAACACCUUUUGAUGCUUGGUAAAGACCGCCAAGUGUAUGUCACUUCGCUUGAUAACACCACCAACUUGGGGCAAUACGGGACUCCGCAAGCUCCCGAACUCGGUGUGGAAACUGAUGUCACUUUGCUCAACAAGGAGCUUGUGAUCCUGAACACUGGUGAUCGUUCCGUGGUGCCGCGUCAUUUCCGUCAAAUCCUGGCGGGGGCCUACCACAAUUUGGCCCUCGACACCAACGACAACGUGUGGGCUUGGGGUGACAACCAAUGCGGCCAGUGUGCGAUUGAUGUCCUGUUCACCACCAAUAAGCAGCCGGCUCCCCGUAAGAUCCUCAAUCGCGACGACUUGAAGCGGUUGUGUCGCAAUUUCGUCGACAAGGCCUCCCGCAGUGAAGAGUUCAAUGUGCGCCAGGUGGUAGCUGCGGGUAACCUGAGUUACGUCGAGGUUGACUACCGCAACCAGACAUUAGUGUUGGCCUUUGGCAAUGGGGUACAGGGUCAGUUGGGUACCCGCUACAUGCACGUGUGCUCGCUUCCGCUUGUGAUUAAGCUGUUGACCGGCUUUUCCGAAUAUGAUGAGAAGGUGAACCGCGUUGUCCCCAUCGGGGUCGACCUGUUCAGCGGUGGUGGCGACCACUGUAUUGUCACCAUGGGUAACACUGGGCCUCGCGAUGUGCUCGUGUUUGGUGACAAUGAGUUUGGCCAACUUGCCAAUGGGCGCCUGGCGAAGACCACUAAGCCCCUGGCGAUUCCUCUGCUUAUUGAACCGAAUGAAGUCAGCGACUCGCACAAGCUUGCUGAGCGUUUGGCUGAUGUCAACAAUUCCAAGUUGCGGAUGGAGCCUGGCCAACGCAUCAAGGCGUUACCCGGUUCUACCGCCAUCUUCUAUCAAUAG